AUGAGUAUCAGAACAGCUAACUCGUGCAAUAAUUGCCGGAGAUGGGUAUUGCGAACAUUCAUCACUAGCAUUGGCGGACCAGCGCUCCAAAUCCAGCGACGCGCUUUCACAUCCUCUCUGACGCCACAAGAAACCAAUGAAGGAUCGGACAGCCCUCAAGCAACGAGCAAUACGAAUAUUACUUCAGACAUUCCCUCAUCGGCGUUUUUGAAACCUACAGAAGAGGAUGCUGAAUCGUCAUCAAUAAUAUCACAACUCCAGCAAUCGUCGUCGUCGUCGAUACCAUGGUAUCUCCAAAACCAGCCCGCUGUCACAGAACAGUCCCAAUCCAAAAUUUCCUCCCGACAGAAGCUUCCCGAUCUACCCGAACACUCGCCCCAACUUUUACAGCCUCUUCUCGAACACAUCUCCACCAAUCUAGGUCUCGAUGAUCUGUCCGUCCUGGAUCUGCGACCCAUGGACCCACCUCCCGCACUAGGCGCAAAUCUACUUAUGAUCAUCGGUACAACGCGAUCCGAGAAGCAUCUUCAUGUCUCAGCCGAUCGCCUCUGCCGCUGGCUUCGUACUGAACAUGGUCUCUCUCCAUAUGCCGACGGCCUCCUCGGCCGCAAUGAGCUGAAGUUGAAGAUGCGGCGGCUGACGAAGAAGAAGAAAUUGCUCUCGGCAGUAGGCGCAAACACCUAUGAUGAUGACGCCGAUCUUGAUGAUGGAAUCCGGACAGGCUGGGUUUGCGUGAAUAUCGGCACGGUUGAGGGUGGAGAAUUGCCUAAGACGCCGGAGCAGAUUGAACGGGAAGCGAACAUCGUCGGAUUCAACACCAGUGUCGCCGGAAGCAAAAUUGUGGUGCAGAUGAUGACGGAAGAGCGGAGAGAGGCAUUGAACCUGGAGAAAUUGUGGACGGGCAUUCUGAGGAGAAAUAUUAAAGCGAAGAACGGAAUUCUGGGAUUGGAGGAGGUGGAGGAAGAGGAGGAACAAGUUCCAGUUGUGUACAACGCACCGAAGAGGGAGAAGAAGGUGUACAAAGCGCCUGCGAUGGAGGAAGAAACCGCCGAACCAUUCCUCGAGCAUACCCAAACAGAGAAUGUUCUAUCGUCGGAGAACUCGACCCCUUCACAAGGUGGAGAACAAGGGGCUGUCAAGCCAAAGGCGUCCUACGUGCCUUUUCAACCCGCCAAAGAACUACCCACCAAGCGAAAUCAAAGAUACGAGCGAGUCUGA